GUCGUUUCGCCCUGCCUAGAGUCAGCCAGUCAGUCGGGGGAAGGCGAGCCUGCCUGCGAGCGCUUCACUCUGUGUGGAUCCAGCGUACGCACACACGGACCUUUACACGCAAUUAUUGUUAAUUACCGAACCCUUUUCGGUCUUUUGAGAGUCUCUUUUUCACUAUGGGCGACAAAAAGAGCCCGACCAGGCCAAAACGACAAGCCAAACCAUCGGCGGACGACGGCUUUUGGGACUGUAGCGUGUGCACUUUCAGGAACAGUGCAGAAGCGUUCAAAUGCAGCAUCUGUGAUGUACGGAAGGGCACGUCUACCAGGAAACCCCGGAUAAACUCCCAGCUGGUAGCUCAGCAGGUGGCCCAGCAGUACGCCACCCCUCCUCCCCCAAAGAAAGAGAAAAAGGAAAAGCCCGAGAAGGAUCGAGGCGAGGGGGAGCAACCCGACAGAAAUCCACCCGACAGCGAAUACGCGGACAAGGACAAGAGCGAGAAGGAGAAGGAGCAGCCUGAAAAAGAGAAGAAAGACAGAGAAAUCACACCAGCUAUUACUAAGAAACCCAACAGCAAAAAGAACAGACCCAAGUCAGACAUUCAUCAAAGCCCACCCAGUGAAAGAAACAGCAUUCAAUCCGGCAAAUCCAAAUCUACAACCAAGACCAAGAACAAGAACUCUCACAUCUCCAGGCCCAAACUGAAGAACAUCGACAGGAGCACAGCCCAGCAGCUGGCCAUCACGGUGGGCAACGUCACGGUGAUCAUAACAGACUUUAAGGAGAAGACGCGCACCUCCUCCACCUCCUCCUCUACAGUCACCUCCAGCGCCGGCUCGGAACUGCAACACCAGAGCUCCGGCUCCGAGAGCAUGGACAAGGGUUCAUCCCGUGCUUCAACCCCAAAGGGACACCUCUUGAUCAGGCACGACGAGUCAUUCUGAGCGCCACGGACACCGUCAAAACAGUGGGAACUCCAAGGGAUGUAUAUUUCCUCCUUUCUCCUCCACUUUGCCCUGAGCCGACUCAUUUCUGUCACUGAGAAGAUGGAUAUACUUUGUCUUAAACACACACGUUACAAAAACACUCACGUGGAUGGUGCAAAAGCAUAUCACUAGACCGUGGAUUUGGGCCUUUGGGCAUAAUCCCUACAUUGCUUUCCUGGAGACAUCCCACUCUUGUAUGUAUUGUUUUAUAUUUGUAAGUGGAUGUGCAGCUGAAACGACGACUUUUCUCUUUUGUUAAAAAUAUAUAUCUGUAAAUGUCCGCUGUGCACAAUAACCACAUGCGUUUUAACUAUUUUGGACCAUUAUUGGUCUUAUUUAUUAUGUUGCAUCUACUUUUAGACAUUUGUUUGUUUGUAUGUUUUGUUUUGUUGAUGCUUUGCUCAGCUAAAGUAGCUCAAGCCCUUAGUGAUUUUACCGAAAACUCCUGAGAAACUUCCCACAAUGGUGCUACAUACACCGUGAAAUGGUUUCAGUCCUCUGGCUGGCGUUCACACCAUUGAAACAGAUGCCGCUAAAUCUACGAAGACAAUGGAAAUAUUUGCAUCCUGGUGUCAGGCUACAUUCUUCUGUUUUGGGACAUUUCCAUUUUACAAGACUGAUUUGAACAGUUGCGUUGGUGUCUUUGGCUUCACCCGCAAAUGUGAUCCCCGACUAGGUGAAACAGCAUUUGGUAUGGUGCGGAUGUCUGGGAUUUACUAACUGCAAGGAGACGUGCAUGAUGUGAGCUUUGGAUUCAGAAGUUCAGUUCUUGUGCUAAACUAAACUUCAGUGAUUCAACGUCUGGUUGCGCAAACGUAAUUAUCACUUUUUUUGUUGUUGUGCAUCCUGGAAUACAUAUGAUGUAUUGUAAUAACACUACAAGGGUUUGACGUCUCAUUUGGUCUGUAGGCCUUAAACUACAUUGUGGAUCCUGCAGAAAGAAAUGGAUUUUAACAAUAGGGCCUUAUUCGGCUGCGUUUUAAUUGUAAGACUUUCAUGUAAUUGUUCCACUCUUCUCAAAUGUUGAUGAUUUAACUAAAACAAAAAUGAAACAUUUGAAGAAUCUGAUGUGGAUGUCUGGUGCAGAUUGUCCUGUCAAAGCAUUCAGUACUUUUACUUUGUUUUCAUGUCUCACAUUUUAAAUCGACUCAAUAGCAUGAUUUCACAGGAUAUUCCCAUUCUUCAUCAACUCAAAAUAAGAUGUCUAGCAGUCCUGCAAAUUGAAAGGUUUCCUCCCUUUGAACUGUAUUAAACUUGUACAAAGUUUGUGUAUAUUAUAUGAGUUUUAUUUAUUGAAGGACCAAAGGAAUUUGAUAUUGAUGAUGUGCUAGGCAAAUUAAUAAUUCAAAAUGUAAUUACCAUAUGUGUGAUAUAACAUUUUAAUAAAGUCUAAUAUAAUCCAUUUCAAUUGUGUAAUUCUUGUCCACUUGAUGUGGUUCACUUAUGCGGAAUGUUUGUACAAGUGUAAAUUCAUAGACAUUCAAAUUGAUUCUGUAAGGACAAUGCUCUUGUCAUUGUACUUGGUGUUCAUUCAUGGUCUUUAGUUAAUCUGGCAUAAAGUUAUUGCAGUGAAAUCUCUUCAAAGCUGUUUUUCUCCCUGAAUUGUGGACAUUAUGAAAUGAUGAGAUGUGCGUUUGUCACAACUUGAUUCAUUUACAACUUUGAAGUUGAAACUGAUUUAUUGAAUAGGCUGGUUCUUGUGCUAAUGGCAACCUUUUGCCGAAGUAUAGACUACAUGCGUCAUGUAUAAAUGAAGGCUUUAUUGAAUCAGUUACAUUGUCUCAUUUGAUAUAUUUGUGAUGUUAACCAGCCAAACCGGUCUUGAUUGUUGGAUACAAAGCAUUUGUAUUGAUUUUGAUUAGGAAUAUAGAUUUGUGAAGUAUAAUUUUAUUAAAUAUAAUUAAGCGUAAACAUACACUUGUCAAGGCACUAUUGUUUGUUUUAUUUUUCCUAGAAGUAUGCAAAUUGGGAACCGGUUUGACAAAAAUAUGGGGUGUGGUUGUUUAGCGUUUUUCUGGUGAUUGAGAUUUUACAGCAUUAACCCCUGCAAAGUCAACAAAUGUUCAAGGCAAUGUAUAUAGCCUGUGUAACAUUCCUUAUAAUUAAUGAAUAUAGCCAUUUUUCACUUGCCUUACCCGCUGUCGUAAACGGUUACCUGAAUUUUGUAAAACUGUAAAGAGAAAAAAGAAUAACGAAUUGUAUCUUAAUUUAUUUAAAUUUGAAGAGGGAAAAACAAGAUUGCGGAAUUGAAACUGUGCUUAUUGUAUAACUCAAAAUGGUGCAAAAGCCAACAUAAUAGGCUAUGGCAAUGGAGCUAAACGUUUUCUUUUCUUUUUACACGCAAGCAGUUCUGUUCUUGUGUACGACCAGUAACCUUAAUUUACUGUGUAAAGAUGGUUACAUUUUUUUAGCUUUGUUUGUCAGAAACCCAAAUGUAGAAUGCUUGUUUACAUGAUAUAGCGUUAAACUUGUGAAAUUGUAUAGUCAUGGCUCCUUUAAUUUUGUCAUUGUCUUGUAAAAAUGCUUUUACGGUUUCAUUUUGCAUAGUAACUUGUGUUAGUUGGUUUUCUUACGUUUCUUGCUAGUUGUUGUGUUAUCUGUAAUUUUGUGGGUUUGCGAUAAUUUGACUUGUAAAUGUGUUUUGGGAUUUUUUGCGCAUUUUCCCUUGUUUUAUUUUUUUAACGGAUCACUGCUCCUUGUCUAUUGCUCAUCUGACGCUAACUUUGGACACGACUUUUGGCAUGUGCACGACUUUGCUUUUAGAAGCGUUUUAUAAUUUCCCUGCCUUCCAGUAGAAAUGUCUAUUGAUGCAUUUUGCUUGUGUUUUUUCCACAAAUAAAAUGUUCAAUUUAA